AUGGCCCACGCAUUAAAAUGCAGGCUAGGCUAUGCUGACUUUGAGGCAAGGCCCAAGUCUACGCUACAUGUCUUUGAGAAGCGCGAUUCUAUUGGAGGCACGUGGAAAGCCAACACAUAUCCUGGAUGCGGUUCUGAUGUGCCCAUCCACCUCUAUUCUUAUUCCUUCAACUUGAAUCCAGAUUGGAGUGAGGAGUUGUGCGAUCAAUCAGAAAUACUGCAAUACAUCGAAAACACCGUCGACAAAUUUUUAUUGCGCUCGCAUUUCAGGCUCAACUUGGCUUGCACUGGCGCAAGAUGGCUAUCCCAAGAGGAGCUAUGGGAGGUUGAGUUCAUUGACACAAUGACUAAAGAGAGGGUGACGAGAAAGUAUGCCAUCCUCCUAACUGCCGUAGGGGGCUUUUCCACUCCAAGGGAAAUUCAUCUCCCCGGAUUGGAAUCCUUUGGGGGUCAGAUAUUCCACACAGCCCAAUGGGACCACACGUGCGACUACAGGGGCAAGCGAGUCGCCGUCAUAGGAAACGGUUGCAGUGCGGCUCAGGUUGUGCCAUCGGUCGCCAAGCAUGUUCGCACGAGGCCGGCAAUGCGAUAUUAUCGCCUCAAGACUUUCCUGGACACCGACAGCCUCGCGGCAUCGUAUGGGUCUUCGCCCAAGGAGGUCAAACAGCGCAUGGAGACCGAGGAGAAUGCCAAGGCGUACAUCUACUCUCAAGCGCCAAGGAAGUAUCACGAAGUCUUGGUGCCAGAAUUUGCUCUCGGUUGCAAGAGGCGCAUCUUCGAUCCAAACUAUCUGUCGUCUCUCCAUCUGGACCAUGUAGACCUGAUAGCGGAGGGGAUCCGUGAGGUCACCAAGACUGGAAUAAUCAGCGAAAGCGGGUACGAAGAGGAAUUUGACAUCAUCUUCUUGGCCACAGGCUUCCAAGGGGAGCACAGGCUUACAUUCGUCCACAACUUCCCCAAUUUCGGCAUGCUCUUUGGACCGAACACGUUCCCUGAGUUCAAUUCUGUUAUCUACGCGGUCGAAGUGCAGUUUGACUACCUGGCCAAGACGCUCUUCAAGACCGUCAUUGACGGCUACGCGGACGUGGUAGAGGUCAGAGAAGAAGCCGAGGCGCAAUCCGUCACGGAGCUCGAUAAGACACUGGCACAGACAGUAUUCAAUUCCGGUUGCAACAAUUGGUACAUCAACUCUGCAGGUCGUAAUUCUGCUUCCUGGCCUGGAAUGGCUUCUUCGUUCUGGCGGGCGACAUUCUUUCCUCGCUGGGGAGACUUUGCACUUGAGGGCGGAAAUGCGGCUUGGUUUCUUGGCAGGGCUCUUCGAAUCAUUAAGAUGGCUUCAACGUGGGUAUGGCUGGCAAUGCUAUUUGUGGUAGUCUCAGCUUUUGACACGUACUUGGGAGGCCCGGUGUUGCGAGGCCUUGGAGGCUGA